UGGAGCUGGAAGACUACAUUGACCAGAAUCCAGUGUGCACCCUGCGCAGGCUCAUUGCUCUGAUCCUGUGAUGACACUGUCAGGACUGAGAAUGGACGCAGUUCUGGCCAAGUGUGAAAAUCAAAUACCUGGCUUCUCUGAUUUACUCGAAGACUUUCCAGACACUGAAGAGCCUACUUGGAUUCUGGGAAAACAGUAUCACUUAAAAACAGAAAGAUCUGAACUCCUAUCGGAUGUGAGAUCAAGACUUUGGUUUACUUACAGGAAGAAGUUUUCCCCAAUAGGAGGAACUGGUCCCUCAUCAGAUGCUGGCUGGGGAUGUAUGCUGCGCUGUGGACAGAUGAUCCUGGCACAAGCAUUAAUAUGCAGACACCUGGGGAUAGAUUGGCGAUGGGAGAAAGGCAAAUGGCAGCCUGAGCAGUAUCACCGGAUUCUGCAGUGUUUUCUUGACAGAAAAGACAGCUGUUACUCAAUUCAUCAAAUGGCUCAGAUGGGAGUGGGAGAGGGUAAAUCUGUAGGGGAAUGGUACGGACCCAACACAGUGGCCCAAGUACUAAAAAAGCUUGCUUUAUUUGAUGACUGGAAUGCGCUGGCAGUUUAUAUUUCCAUGGACAAUACUGUAGUUAUUGAGGAUAUCAAAAAACUUUGCAAACAUUGGUCUGAAAAUUGCAGAUUACAAACCGAUACCUCACUACACAGAGGUGAUGUGUCCAAAAACCAGACUGCAUCUGUGCACUGUAAGGAUUGGAAACCACUUUUGCUGAUCAUACCUCUACGUAUGGGAAUAAACCACAUCAAUCCAGUUUACAUCAAUGCAUUAAAGGAAUGUUUUAAAAUGCCUCAGUCUUUAGGAGUCUUAGGCGGAAAACCAAACAAUGCUUAUUAUUUUAUAGGAUUUCUUGGAGAUGAACUAAUCUAUUUGGAUCCUCAUACGACUCAAGCUGCAGUAGACACAGAGGAUGAUGGGAGUGUGGACGAUUACAGUUAUCACUGCCAGCGAAUACCACAUCGUAUGAAAAUUACACAUCUUGAUCCUUCUGUAGCUUUAGGAUUUUUUUGCAACACUGAAAGAGAUUUUGAAAGCUGGUGCAAUUCUGUACGAAAGGAAAUUCUGAAGACACGAAACUUUCGCAUGUUUGAAUUGGUUGAGAAGCAUCCUGCACACUGGCCUCCUUUUGUACCUGCAACCAAACCUGAAGUGCAGACCACAGGAGCAGAGUUUGUUGAGCCAGCUGACAAGCUGUUUGAGUCAGAGGAAGAAUUUGAAAUUCUCAAUGUUUAGAAUAUCCGUUUGGACAUUCAAUCACUGCUGCUGAAUGAUUACAGCAGAGGCUGUCGACUGUUUUUAUCAUUUCAAGCAGCUUUUUUAACAAGACAAGUGCCUGAUUUCGUAAGGACCUAAGAAACUUCGCAGCACGCUUGAAAACAAUGAAAUAACUCCCACUUAACAAGCAAGUUGCUUCCAAGUAGUUUACUCACAACCUCGUGUUUUUUUGAACAAGACCAGAAAAGACGGAAAGCUUCUAAAGAAUGGAUCUUCUUCAUUCUUGGUGAUCCAGUGGAAGCAAGUGUUAUUUAGAAAAAAAUAUUGUUGAGAGAAGUUGGCGAUAUGGGGAAGGACAACAUUCGGAGAAAGUGACUGGUUUUUAGAUGAAGAGGACCUUUGAUGCACCAGAUGCUAGCACAAUGCCUACUCUAUGCAUCUGACUAUUUUAAUUGUCUUAUGGAUCAUCUGGAGCCUAUUUCUUGGACAGAUGAGAAUCUUACCUAUUUAUCUGUUCUUUAUCCACCUGAAAUAGGGGAUGUGUGUCCCAUUACUGAGUCUAUUGUCAUUGCUGCAUUCCCACUUCAAAUCUUCUGAUUUUUGUUUUGAGGGUGACAUUUCAUUAGUGAUUUUCAAUAUGUACCACUUCAUGUAUGGUCUAUUCCACUUUUUAUCAAAUAUAUUGAUCCUGAAAUUCCAGUGUAUUUAUGGCCUCAUGCCCAGUAUUGUUUUUGUGUACUAUUAAUAUUGCACAUUCAUUUGACUGCCCCAAAAGUCCAAAUUUUUGUGUACGCCACAACAGUAGAGUCUGCAUUAUAAGAUUUUAAUUUUUAAAUUUCCCUCAAAAAAAAUUACCAGACCUGUACAGUACAAAACUAUUUUUAUUUUAGAAUGAUGCAUGCGCAAAGCAUGUGUCAUCCAAGAACUGUAUAUCAGCUUGAAAAUAUAGGAAAUACACAGCCAUUUGAAAACCUUAGCCCAUGUAGCUUUUCAGUUAUUAGAUGUCAGCUCCAGCUUUUUCCCAUGACAGCAUGGUCUGUCCUACCCCAAGAUAUUGGCUCAAUUUUUAAGGUGGAUGUGCAGAUUAACUAGUAUGUGCAAUCAAGAGAUGGCAUUGCAUUGUUCUUGGGCUUUAUAAUGCCAUGUUUUUAUGCCAUGCAUCUAAAUAUUGGUCAGCUACUAAGUAUGUACUAUACAUUAUCUGUAUUGGGCAGUGUUAGCUGCUCUGAAUGCAAAAGGUUUGAUCUUAUUUAAACAAUGCUGGAUGCAAACUACUACACAUUAAAUAACCUCAAAAUAAACUGUGUGUGGUAGCUCCUGAAAUAUUUUGAAGCCCUCUCAACCUUGCUGAGAACUGGCUGAAGGGAUGCUGUAUCUACUAAUAAUUUUUAAUAAACAUUUAGCUCAGGAGAACUAAAACAAAGUAGCUUGAAAUGAUCUUUUUGAGUCUGUGAUCAAGGUGCAGAUGUAAUGAAAAGUGUGUUAAGAAAACAAAGCACUGUUCGGGCUGCAAAUAUUAUAAGUGUAACUUUCUGAAAU